UGUGCGUGACGUCAACCCGGAAAGAGGAAGCCCAAAAUAAAUUUCGGAGCUCUCUUUUAAAUACAUCGAGCUAGUUUACAGCUACAACCUGAAUGCAUAGUAUAAACGAAUAUUUAAGCUACUGUUAUAACACUGCUGUGUUUUGACAGAGCCGUGCUGGUGAUUCUGCAUCCGUCCUGCAAAUCGUCUUGCCUGAGGGAAAAUGUCGUCUGGCAGGGAAGGAUGCUGGGCCUUUGUCAUCACCGCAAUGAUGACCGUGUUUUUGCUGGAUGCUGCUGUUGUUGUACAGGCGAAGAGCUUUGAGGAUGUUCGCUGCAAGUGCAUCUGCCCACCGUACAGAAACAUCAGCGGCCACAUCUACAACAGAAACGUCUCCCAGAAGGAUUGUAACUGCCUCCAUGUAGUGGAUCCCAUGCCGGUACCUGGUCAUGAUGUGGAAGCUUACUGCCUGUUGUGUGAGUGCAAGUAUGAGGAACGAAGCAGCAACACCAUCAAGGUAACCAUCAUCAUUUACCUGUCUGUUGUGGGCGCACUGCUGCUCUACAUGCUGUUCCUGCUGCUGGUUGAUCCUCUUAUCCGCAAACAUGACCCCUACACCCAGCCGUUGCACAACGAGGAGGACUCUGAGGAGAUGCGUCCACAGGUGGACACCAGCCAGGGCAGAGGAAACACUGUGCUGGAGCGGGUUGAGGGGGCACAGCAGCGCUGGAAAAAGCAGGUCCAGGAACAGCGCAAGACUGUUUUUGACCGCCACAAGAUGCUUAGUUAAACCCCAAGCCAAUCUCGCACCAGGGUUAGAGGAGGUAACUUUCCCGUACUCAGCUGCCUUCCAUCACCAGCUGUACUAUUUCUAACCCCUCUCAUAGCUGUGCACUGGACUCUCAGAAUUAUUUCCCCAUUAAGACAUACUGAUAAUAAAGUCCAAUGUUUUUAUUUAAUACACCAAUUUAUACCAAUACCAAUUUCAUUUAAGCACCAUAGACUAAGUUGCAAUUAUAUACAAACUAAAGGCCUUCGCACUCUUAAUGGCUUAAGAUCAUCUAAAUUAUUUCAACAAUUUGCAGUGUAACAGAUUUGAAAUGUCUUGAUAAAAUAAGAACUUGUCUUUUGUCUAUUUAGCCAUGACUGUGAAUUGCUUUUAAGCUUCCUCGUGAUAAUUUUUGUUGUAAGCUAUUUGCUAAUUUGGUCAAAUACAGUUGCAGUGCAGUUCGCAAGCAGUUUUCUUGUAGCAUAGUUAUCGUUUAUUAAGUUACCUCAGAACAGGUAAGCUUUAUGUUUGUGAAUGACAGUUUAGGUGAUUGGGCAGUAAGAGAACCCUAUGUGCUAUUGCCAAGCAUUGCACAUUUUCUUAUUGAGCACUAAUAAUAGUUUAUUUCUAAUAAUAAUAAUUAUAAUUUAUUUGUACUUUAUUUGUACAUUCCUGUGCAUUGUAACCUGGGCGUAUUAAGGAUUGUAAAUUUUGGCCUUUGUAAUUUUAAAGCUUUGACUUUUAAGAUAGCCCCAAUAUGUGCCUUUUCCUGUUUCUCUCCUUGUGUGGGUGAAUGUGUUGCACCAAACUCCAACGCAACAUUUGGCUCUUAUGCGUAACAGAUGGAAGAAUCAACCAAUCUUUUUUGGCAGGCAUAUCAUCCACUGUGUGGCAGUUGUGUCUGUAUAAAUUCCAUCUGUAAUCUUUAAUUUAGGAGUAAACCUGAUGUGGAAAAUGUUUGUCCGACUCAGGCUGAAGGCCACAUUUAUAUUCUGCAGUAGUGUUUUUGAUGGAACAUCCUUUCCCGUGCAAAGAGAGAAAUGGAGAACGGGGCAUUUAGCAGAGCUUUAAAGCCAUCCUCAGUUGAAUCAAAUCUCUGCCGCUGGGGAAUGUCCUAAAUCUGUAAAGCCGCUGAUAAUGCGGUUUAAGCGUGGCAGAAUCAGGAUGCCUCAUGGCUCUGAAGGGCCUCAUGUGCAUCAUUACGUGUCAGUGAAUCCCCUCCUCGCAUCCUACUACUGAAGCUCCCUGCUGGGGGAAGAAAGGCACACCGACUCCCAUUACCUCGUGCACAAUGUGAACUACUGAAUUUUUAUUUGUGUGUGUAAUUAUUUGUUUUAUCACUGAAGUGUUUUCGAUUGAUUGAUUUUAAGUAUGAUUUCAUAUCACUGCUAUCAAUGUUUUGUAGGGUAAACGUCCCUAUUAAGCCCACCAAAUCCACUUUUCAGACAUUGCUUCAAUUUAAGUGAGAACAUCUUCAUUAAAAUGAAAGUCUGAUCUCUCA